CUCGACAGCAGAGUUCCACUUCAGACAUAUGGCCGAGAGACUCACGUUAAAUUCACGUUUGCGAGACGAGUGCAGCUGUAAACGCAUGCAACCGUGAACUCAACGCGCAAGACCUGUCGAAACAUACCGACAACUACCUAUUUUAGAGUGAAAAGGUGCGCGGAGGAAUAAGCAGACAAAAAAGUAACACGUAUCCGGUGGGAUUUGAGUCCUCUGAGAGAGAGCGAGAUUGGAGCGCGAGCGAGAGAGAGGGAAGAGUUUCUCCAAAAGGGGAAACAGACACGCGGACGAUAUUUCCCGUUUUCACAAGCGAAGACUAAGGAAUAAUGAGGAACGUUUGGAUGAUAUUAACCCUUGGCUUGACAGCCUUUCUUUCCGGGGAAAGGAUAGCAGUCUCUGCGGCCAAAUCCACCUUGUUGACCGAUGACUUGUACCUGGAGGAGGCGGGGUCAGGAGGUUACCCCGAAGAUGACGAUGACUUCACUUCUGGAUCAGGAUCGGGAGCUGGAGAAACUAUUGAGGAAUCGGUCACAGUAAAAUCAUUGUUCAUUGUGCCUAAAGCAGAGCCCACACAGGACUCCACCAAAGCCUUCACACCAAAAGUGGAGACAUUUACAUCACGUGAUGUCCCCAAAGACACAACGAUACAAGUUAGGAUAGAGUCUCCAGUUCCUGCCACAGAAGAAUCGCGUAGAAACCCAGUCACAAGCACCACGAGCCUCCCUCGAUCACCCCUGGAGGUCCAGUCGGAAAAUCUCUUCCAGAGGACAGAGGUUUUGGCAGCUGUCAUUGCGGGUGGAGUUAUUGGCUUCCUCUUUGCCAUCUUCCUCAUCCUCCUUUUGGUGUACCGCAUGAGAAAGAAGGACGAAGGCAGCUAUGACCUCGGGGAGAGGAAACCGUCUGGAGCAGCCUAUCACAAAGCUCCAACCAAGGAGUUUUACGCAUAGACUCACUCAUGUACAACCGAGCUUCACCAACCAGAGUGAUGGUCUAAUAUCAGUGACUACGACAAACUCGUUCUGCAUUAAAAAAAAUGAAUAAAUCAUAUGACAUGAUUGAGGAAAAAAAUAAAUAACAUAAAGGAAAGCUUUUGCAUAGAGUAUUGUAAUUAAGACCUUUUCUUUCCUUUUUUAUGAAAAAAAAGCAAGCAUUGCUUAUUUUAUGGCAAAUCUCUCUGUAUUUAAACAUUACUUUCUGUGUAUUUGAAAAGGUUGAAAAGAGAAAAAAAAAGAAACAUAAUCUGUAAAGGUGAGGAUAUCCGCUUCCGUCUUCUGUCAAAGGAGCUGUUUUUAGUCACUGACUACUUUUUAACUGUAGCAGUAUGUAUUUGUAAAGAACAUUUUAAAGUGGAGUAAUUGAAUAUAAUGGUUCUGUAUCAGUACUGACUUUAUUUCUCAUAUUUUUUUGUUUUGUUUUGUUCUAGCAUGUCUGACAUUGAUCAUAAGUGUUUAAUUAAUUUAUCAUUUUCUCGGAUGUUAAAAAAAAUGCCUUUCUGUAGUUUUCAGAACUCUUUGUCUAAUAACUCUUAAUGCGUCAAUGUAAAUGUUCAUUUUAUUAUUUCACAACAAGCAAUUCAGAUGUUUUUUUUUUGUUGUUGUUGUUGCUUAGGACCCAUGUCUUGCAAAAUGAUUUGAUUUGAGUUCCAUCGCCGCUUGAGUGUUUGUAGGUUAAGAAAAACGACCAGUGCCAUUUGAACCUUCACAUUCAUCCGCUCUCGUCAUGGGGGAUCUGAAGCUUCUCAUGGUUGAAAAGAGGCUGAUUUAUCGAACUGAUGAGCCCUGAGCGUGUCCUCUGUGAUGAGAGCUUGAGGUAGCUCAUACUGGGGAUCUGACAUGGCCUGCCCACCUCCAGACAUGCAUUUCCUUUGAUCAGAGUACCGUUCUCAUGUUUCAGUGAUGAAAAGCUUACAUUUAUUCUCACAUCACACUGCAGUGAUCUGUUGGAUAGAGUACAGCUGAUUUUUUUUUCUUACUGUUCCAAGCUUUGCUUUCCUACUGGGCCCAAACAAACAGGCAACUUGGAAUCACUGCUGGGGAAACAUUGAAAUCACUUUCCACUAGUUUGGAAUAGUUUCAAUUAGCUAAAAGUUCGAGUGCUGUUAAUGUAUCUCUCCAGUGCUCAUAGAAAACCAUUAUGGAGGCCAGUAAUGUCCCCUUCUGAUCAGUAUGAUUAAACUCCCACUCUUUAGAUCCGUAUAAAUGUUGCCUUGACAUGUUUGAGUCCCCGUGUAUCUUUCCUUCCUCGCCCUUUUGAUGUACCCAACUGUGACCUACACCCCAAAGUGACUGUACUGACCGACCUAAUCUAAGCUGGAGCUGAACAAAGCAAGGUACUGCGAAAACAUAGGCUAAUCCAAAGACUCAUUUGUUUUUCACAUUGCUGUGUAUUCCUUUGGCCACAUUUGAGUUUUUUUUUUUUUUUUUUAGUUUCAAUGUUAGCUGUUAGUUUUUUUGUUUUUGAGUAGACAUCUGACCAUUGCAUCCAAUUACUUAUUCAUGUAUGCGAAAAAUCUAUAUAGAAUUAUAUAUAAAUGUAUAUUCACAAAUGUUUUAAACCUUGCCUUUUAAAGUGCCUACCAUUUGGAAACGUGCAAAUGCCUGUCGUUUAGACACGAUGUGUACGCCAGAAUGGCUAGAGUGAUCGGUAUUGUGUUAGUACAGCAGACGGAAAUUGCAACUUUUUUUUUUUUUUUAGUUGUACAAAAGCAGACAGUAUUGUACCUAUACGUUAAAACAACACUACUGAAUAAACAUUGUGGCCUAAA